UACUUGUCGACCGUUACGCUCUCACCUAUGGUACAAACGCAGGAGGGUAUUUUAUGAAAUAAAGGAAUCUCUGCUGGGAAGCUGAAACAGUAAAAUUCUGUGUGACGUCACUACACUGGGACAGGAGGUAGAUUUGCCCUUCCCUGGAAAAACCAUUUCGAGCUUCAGUUAAGGUCGACUUUCUUCUCCGGUGACAUGUCUCUGGCUGCAGAGGCUUUCGUCUCUCAGAUUGCAGCUGCUGAGCCAUGGCCAGAAAAUGCCACUCUGUACCAGCCUCUUAAGGAUGAUCAAAUCCUGCUGUCCGAUUCUGCAUCCUCUCUAGCAGUUCAGACAUUCCUUAGGAUGUGCGGCCUGCCAGUGCAGGUGUCAUGCUGUUCCAAUGCGGAAUACAUGUCACCAUCAGGCAAGGUUCCUUUCAUCCAUGUUGGUAAUCAAGUUGUUUCAGAGCUGGGGCCAAUUGUGCAGUUCACAAAGGCAAAGGGUCAGUCUCUGAGUGAUGGGUUAGAUGAUGUUCAGAGGGCAGAGAUGAAGGCUUACAUGGAGUUGGUCAAUAACAUGCUGCUGACUGCAGAGUUGUAUAUCCAGUGGUGUGAUGACUAUACUGCUACAGAGAUUUCUAGGCCACGAUACAGUAAUCCAUACUCCUGGCCCCUCAAUCACAUACUGGCCUAUCAGAAGCAGUGGGAUGUCCGGAGGAAGAUGAAUGCCAUUGGAUGGUCGGGAAAGAGUCUUGAGCAGGUGUAUGAAGAUGUGAAUCGGUGUUGUCAGGCCUUGUCACAGCGACUCGGAACUCAGCCCUACUUUUUUAACAAGCAGCCGACUGAACUGGACGCUCUGGUGUUUGGUCAUAUCUUCACCAUACUCAGCACGCAGCUGACCAAUGACGAGCUCGCCGGAAAGGUUAAGGGUUACAGUAACCUGCUUUCUUUCUGCCAUCGUAUUGAACAGACUUACUUUAAGGAGCACAACCGAGAGAGCCAGUCAGGGUCCUCGCGUCAUUCCAAAGGCUCACUCCACGCAUUUCCCAACUUUACUCCCUCCCCUGAUCUGAAAUAAUGAAAUGAUUGACUGCUUAAGUGUCCUAUUUGUAUCAAAAUACUUGAUUUGAUUGUAUAGGAGUCCUACUGAGGUUAAAACAUCAUUAUAAAUCAAUAGGAAUGAGAAAAGGGCAUUAAAUAAAGGUUUGUGAUUUUUCAAAGUGUUCCCAAUUAACCCUUUGCCUGGUUGGAAUGCCAUAACAAAGAGUUUGCCUGCUGGAAUUGUUGAAUUAGAUUGAUGUAUAAGAAUUUAGUUGAUGUAAACUUUUCCACUGUGUGAUUCCCUUAUCUGAUAUCAUCUGUAAAUUGAAAGUGCCUACAAAGUAUAAUAAAGUUGGACUUCUGUUUGUUUUUUGUUCCCUACGUUCAGGCAAAGUACAGUAUAUAUUUGUGUUACUCUGUAUUAAUGU